CUUUUUGUGUUUUUUUGUUUUUUUUGUGCGCUUGUGCUUGUUCUUGUGCGCAUCGUCGUGUCGUCUGGGUCUGCAUAUUUCUUUUUGUGUGAGUGUGUGGGUGUGUUUUUUUUGCGGACGCCGGCUGGAUAAGUCGAUGGAAACUGUGGAGGAGAGCAAUGAAUAGCAGCGUCACUGGCUGCAAGCGCAUCCACAGCAUCGAAGUCGAGCAACUACAGGACUCUGAAGAGGUGCAGCACAGCUUUCUGCUGAUCAAGGGCCGGCUGGAGCCCAAGUGCAGCGCCGCCAAGCAGCUAAAAGCGACCCUCGAGCUGCGCGACGAGUCGCUGGAACAGCUGACGCAGUUGUCCAGCGCUGGGGAGUUCAAGCUCCUCUUUGAUUUGCACAAAGAAGAGAGAGAGAGGCAGGAGGAGCCUGAAGUGACCUCCAGAACUUGCCUCCUGCAGCUGCGCUCUUGCAGCGGCUCGAGGCUGAUUCGAUUCACCUACAAGCCACGCAGCAGCCCCUACCGUGUGCAGCCCCUUUACAUAGUGUGCCAGGACGAAAAGGAGGAGGAGCAGGAACAGGAGCAGGAGCAGGAAACAAACGCACGUUCAGAACACUCUGCCCGCUGCUCACUUAUCGAUCUUAAUCUGCGACUGGUGCAGUGCAUUUACGCCCACAAAUUGCACGCGGCCGGGUUUGCCAAUCGCACCUUUACCCUUAACGGCCCCUGUCGCCUCUUCCGCAGCCAACUGACUACCGAAGAGACCCUCGCCAAGACCGAGGACGAGCUGUGGCAGCACUUUGCCGGGGAGAUCCUCUCCUGUGCGCAGUGGGGCCAGCAGCUACACCUCAAGUUUGUCGCGUUUGUGGCCUGCACGCGGUACGACGGCGCGGCAGUAGCGGCCAGCGGAGACCUCUCGUACGCGAACAUCCGGCGACACCUGCGCGGCCACGCCGCAUUGGGGGGCGGAGGAUUGGCCCUCUUCGGGAGCGCGCACUUCUAUUCCUGGCCGCGAGCAUUCGCGGAGAUCGGAGACUGCGUGCGCAGCGCAGAGCGAGUGGACGUCGCGCGACUGCCGGACGAAAGCAACUACCGACGCACCUACGGUGGCGUCUACGCCAGCACCCUGGGCGCCGUCUGCCACGAGCUGGGUCACUGCUUUGACCUGGGCCACACCCUGAACGGUGUGAUGGGCCAGGGCUUCGACUACCUCAACCGCGUCCUCACCGUUGACCAGGUCACCGAGCAUUUGCCGCAGCGAAUUGUGGACCAGUCGUACUCGUCCGCCACGCUGCCAGCAGCAGGAUCAGCAGGAGCACCAGCAGGGACCAAUACUCGCAGUCGCCUCACCCAACUGAAGUUGAAGCAGCCUAGCAGCCAGCUUCUGGACAAUUACCACGGCCAGCGGCGCAACGAUAGCUUCUACUUUGCCCGCAACUGUGCCGUGAUACUGGCCCACCACCGCUGGCUGAGCCCGGACCCUCCCCCUGCCACUAAGACGGCGGCGGCCAUCCACCUGUCCAAGGCCAGCCGCGAGAUCGUGUCCUCAACGCCGCUGCGGCUCGUCGAGCUGCGCUGCAACCUCAACAGCCUGGUGGCCCACUACGAAGAGCUGUGCGCCGGCGACAAGCAACAGCAGGAGCACCGCUUCCAGCUACCCGCCUCCCUGUGGCACCUCCUGGCCGAGCAGCGCACGCACUACGUCUUCGUCCUGACCGCGUCCGGAGACACCAAGAGAUUGGCCUGCGACGACGCCGAAGCCGAGGCCGAUUCCCACUAGAAUGUCUGAGUCGCAACGCAAAGUGCGCCGCGCCGAGGAGGCCCAAGAGCCUCAGGCCCUCGACGCCGGAGACGAGGAUGUCCG